AGGAAGUAGGGGGCGCUCCGCGCUACUUAAAAUGUGAAUUGUGAAUCAUUGAAUGCCUUUCAAAUUUCAAUAAUGGAAGUUCUUUUGUAUAAUUCCACGGUUUGUCGUCUUUGUGGAGAAGAAAACGAUAAUGGAACAUUAUUAUAUUCAAAUGAAGAUAAUAAUCAAAACCUAUAUGAGAUAAUUAACUCAUACUUACCCAUAAAGUUAUCAGAUGAUGGAGAAAUGCCCCGCACAAUUUGUCCUGGCUGUACUAUACAAGUGGAAGCUACAGUUGAGUUUCUUAAUCUAAUAUUAAAUGGACAGAAAGUACUUCGUGAACUCCUUGAUAGGGAAAAAGAAUACAAGAAAAGUAUUCAAAGUGAAAUAAAUGAUUCAAAUGUAAUCUCAGAAAAUAUUGUCUAUGAAAUAAGUACUAGUGAAGGCUUAUACCAUCUGGAACAUCCAAUCAGCCUACAAGUGGCGGGGCUAGACAAACCUAAAAGGAAACGUGGAAGACCUUCUAAGAAACCUAAAACUCCUGAGCAAUUGGCUGAAGAGGCAGCAGCAGCUGCUGCAGCAAAGGAGUUGGAAGCCCGACAUCAGGCUGAAAUUGAGGUACAAGAAAAUGAAGCACCAGAGGGAAAGAGAAAAAGAAAAGCACCCACUAGAUUCAAAGAAGUGGUUCAGGGCAAGGAACUUGAAAAGAUAUUUUUAGAUGAGGGACUAAUAGAUGGAGAGGAUAUUGAUAUUGGCAAUAAGGCACGGCCCGAUCCACUUAAUGAUGCAAAUGUGAAGCUGCCAGAGGUGAUUGGUCAUGUGGAGACAUCCGGUGGACCUGUUGUUGUUGUGAAAGGAAGCAGAAGAGGACGACCAAAGGGAGGUCGAGUACUUCAAAAGAGGAUGAAGUGUCCCGUGUGCGGCCUGGUGCUGACCUCGACGGGGCGCUACAUGUCACAUGUGGCGGCACACGGCCCGCUGCUGUUCCGCUGCGAGUGCGGCGCCACCUUCGAGAGCCGCGAGCUGGUGGACAACCAUCACCGGGACUCGGGCCACCAAGGACACACCAUCUUACCGCAGCGAGAUCACCAGCCCACAGAUGGAUCUGAAACGGCGCCAAACACUGAAUGCAAUAGCGAACUGCAGAUCCCACACAACGGUGAACCUGACACGUCUGAAGGGACGGACGCGGGACGAGGGCAGGACCCUCAAUCUGCUGCUGCAAGCGAGUCACAAACAGAAGCAGAAUCGGAGCUGGGUUUGGACCUGGAGAACAGCAAACAGAAACUGAAGUGUAACUUCUGCGAAAAGAUGUUCAGCACCAAGCAGAGCAAGUCCAUGCAUAUCAAGGCUAUUCAUCGCGGCGAAAAAUCAUACAAAUGUGAGGAGUGUGGCGUCAGCUUCGCGUACCCGCGCUCGCUGAUGCUGCACGCGGCGUCGCACCGCAAGACUCGCGGUGCCGACUUCAAGGGUUUCGCCUGCGACAUAUGUGGCAAGGUUCUGAAUCAUCCUUCGUCAGUGGAGUACCACAAGCAGAGCGUGCACUGUCCGCAGCGCUACGUGUGCGGCUCGUGCGGGAAGACCUUCCGCCACCGCCAGCUGCUGCACCGGCACCAGCUGGUCCACACGCAGCACCGCCCCUUCCGCUGUAAGAUCUGCGACGCGUCAUUCAAAACGAAGGAGAAUCUCAAGAACCACACCGCGCUGCACAGCGGCGUCAAGAAGUUCUGUUGCGACAUCUGCUCUUGUCGCUUCUCGCACAAGACCAGUCUCAAGCUGCAUCUGCGAUGGCACGCAGGUGACAAACCGUUCACGUGCAGGACGUGCGGGAAAUCAUUCAUCCAGAAGGGCAACCUGUUGGAGCACGAGCGGAUCCACACCGGGGAGAAGCCCUUCGCCUGCUUCCUGUGUCCGCGACGGUUCACGACCUCCUCGCAGCACCGCUUGCACUACCGGCGGCAGCACGCCGCGUGAGUGGACGCGACAUUCAUAAUGAACACGUGACGACGUUAUAUGAUUACACUUGCCUAAAAGAAUCUAUAGACAACUACAUCCCAGACCCCAGUAAAAGUUAAGUCCAAAUCGAAAUUCCCUGUAUGGUACUCAAAAUCUCUGAUUCACAUUGUAAAGGAAAAGCUUAAAAAACAAAGAAAAUGGAAGGAAACUAAUAAUCCUCGCAGCUAUGAUGACUAUGUGAUACGCAGGUCAAGUAAAAAAAUUGUUCAAAGGAAGUGUUUUACACAUUAUACACGGCGCAUGCAAAACUAUAUUAUAUCCUAAACUCGUUUACUCCUACAUAAAAUCACUGAAAAAUAACAACAAUGGGUAUCCUGUAAAACUCACGCGGACAAUCUACAUAUUCCGUUGAAAUCUCAGUAUGCAAUUGCUUUAGUAAAUACUUUGAAAGCGUAUUCGUAAAACCAGCAUAAUAUUCAAACGAUACGCCAAGUUUCACAAAUAUUACACAUAACGAAACGAUAUGCAACAUUAUUAUUAGAGAAGAUGAAACUCACAAAUUGCUAAAGUCGUUGGAUACAAAUAAGGGAGCCGGUAGUGAUUCCAUUCUCUCAAUUUUUUCUCAAACAUUUGUUCGUGUGGAUCACAUAAUAUUACUCCAGAAGUUAAAUGUACUCGGAAUCUGCACAGAUGGUUCACCUCAUAUAUGACGAAUCAUAUGCAGGCUGUUGUGAUGGGUAGCGCCAGAAGUGACUUCGUGUCAAUACCAUCGGGCGUGCCACAAGGCUCUAUCCUAUGCCCGCUAUUGUAUAAUGACUAUUAAUUCGACAUACGAAGCUGCUUUACUCACAGCCAACAUUUAAUGUUUGCAGACGACAAAAAAAUCUUUCUCAGAAUACGUGACAUUGAUGACUGUCACAAGUUGCAAGCAGAAACUGAAUGCUUUUUUUGUCGUUUACGUUAAAAAAUGCCACUACAUAACAUUUGCACGUAAAAUAAAACCGAUACCUUUCGACUACAAGAUAAAUGGCGUCUCAAUAUCUAAAGUGAGCUCCGCUAGAGAAUUGGAGAACAGAACCUGGUCAUUCACACUUGGGUGUAAAAAUUGAUACUAAACUGUGAAUGAUCAGGUUAAUAUCGAAGCAGAUAAAGUAUAUAAGCAGUUGGGAUUCAUCAAAUGCGUAACUUGUAACUUCAGCCACAUAGAAUGCAUAAAAACUGUAUAUUAGUUAUGUUCGCAGUGUACUUGAAUAUGCAAGUAUCAUCUGGUCACCUUACUAUUUCAUACACACAAAGGAUUGAAUCUAUACAAAAAUAAUUCUUAAAGUAUCUAGCGUUCAAACAAUUUUAAAGCUUUUCAUGCAAUGAAGAAGCUUGUAAGGACUACGAAAUUGACAUCUUAGAGAAUCGAAGGAAGCUAAGCAAUACGCUCCUAUUGCUAGCAAUCCUAAAGGUAAAAUUGAUUGUCCCUCCUAUUAGCGAGCACACGCAUCUUCUGGCUGUAUCAAAAGAUAACACCAACUAAACACAACUCUGUUCUGCAACGUCUGGCUCUCACGUACAAUAUUAUAAUUUAUAUAUUUUUUACUUGUCCAAAGUACAGCUAAAAAAAGAAAUAAGAAAUAUUCGUCUACACACACACACACAUACUGCAUCACCCUCUAAUACACUACACACAAACUUACAUACACGCACGCACGCAUAUGUAACCUUGUUGUGUUAAGUUUAUAUUCUAAGUAGCUUAUUAUAGUGAUAAAUAUUUUGUUACCUUAUUCUGGUUUGUUAAAUCAUAAAAUGUUAUUUCUUUUGUUUAAUACCUAUAUACUGUAAUGAGUUUUGGCCUUAUUUUUCUACUUUGUAUUAU